AUGGAAAAGCGUGAAGCUCUCAGAGACCCGGAAGCAGUUCCUUUCCAGGACACUUGGAGCCUGGAGAUCCGCCCGACCUCUGCAGAAACGACUCCUAGUUCGACGCCGGAAGCAAUGCAUGAGGAUACGACGAUGAAUGUAUUCCACAGCGUUUCCACAGAGAAAGCGCGCUAUAUUGGCUGGGCCUAUGAAAGCUAUAUCAAUUCAGAGGCCGCAAAGAAUCGUUAUGUCCAUAUGCCAGUUGCCAAAUGGCUGCGCAGCACUCUUGCGCUCGCGAAAGCGGACCCGGCGUUAGAUGCUGCCAUGCUAGCCAUUACGUGCAAGAUGUAUUCUGCUUUCUACACGGACCAAUCACUCUUUCUCAGAAGCAAAUAUCUAUAUACAAGCUCUCUAGGUUUACUUCAACGAAAUUUGUCAUCGGAAAAGGCAGCGCUCACAGACGAAACAUUUGCGGCAACCUGUCUCAUAGCAUUGUACGAGCUCACAAGCUUGGACAAGAAUGGCGCUGAUGCAUGGCAGAGCCAUGUGGCUGGUAUCUCAGCGGUGUUGAAAGCAAGAGGUGCCAGAAUGCAUCGUACCUCGCUUCCACGGGAUACACUUGAACAUUGUCGAUACAAUCUGAUGCUGCAGUGUUUGUCCAAUCGUAAUGCUGCUGGCUUUGCUGAGAAAGAGUGGCUUGAAGAUCCAUGGAUAGGCACCAGCAAAAGUCUCGAACAACAGAUCAUGGACUGUGGCUUCAUGCUAGCUCGAGUGCUCCAAACACUUGACGAAGACACCUUUUGGUGGGCGGACAUCACAAGUAUUCGAGAAUUGAUUAAAGCUUGCGAGAAUGGUACAACCAAGAUUAAAACCAUCAAGAAAGAACACCUCAUGGGUCCGAAACUUGAUCCUGAUUCAAGGCUCCCACCAACGGCAUCAAAUACACGCUCAACCAGUGAUAACAAUCAACAAGAGGCUAACAGGCUUGUGCUAAGAUUAACAGCAUCUGCUAUUGAACUCGGGCUUUGCGAGGCCAGUAGUUGCAUCAUGCAGAAAGUGCUCGAAUCAAGCUAUUAUGCCAUCCAUCACAGCGGAGGCAAUUCUUGGAAACUCAUUGACUCGCAAUCUUGUGACGAGACCGAAGUUGCAGUCCCAGAGGAUGGCAUUAAGCUUGCGAAGGAGAUCGUAAACGAAGCCGGUGUCGUUUUUGAUCAAGAGGAGCUGCCUCCUGAGUCAGUUCGCAUGGUUUAUCCUCUGAAGGUAGCUGUUCGAAUGCUAAGGCACGCAUCAUACUGUCCCCAGUAUGAGCAGUGCAGCACAUAUUUGAACUAUCUCCAAGGCAGGAAAGGUAGCAACUUCACAAAAACGCGCCCAAAAGAAUAUUUUGUCUACGGCAGCAGUCGGCAGAAGAAUGUCCUAGCGACAAAAGCAUUAUGA